GUUUCAGGAAAGGUGGUAUGUUGUAGUGUAAUCUCGCGGGUGAUAAACGAACUUUUGUGUGAAGUUGUGAAGUUUUUGUUUAGCUUAUGGAACACAUUGUGACAUUAUGUUGACUUCUUCUAAUCAGUAUUUGAGACCGGAAUAUCUUACUCCCCUACCUACUACAUUGGAUGCAAAGAAGAGUCCUCUCGCAUUGUUGGCCCAAACAUGUAGUCAGAUAGGAGCAGAUACCCCGAAUGCAAAGCUUCUUCAAAGUUCAGAAAAAUCAAACAAGUCUGCUAAGACAGAUUGCCAAAAAGAAAAAAAGGAUUUGUCCCAUAACAAUUCCAAACUGGACAUUAUUAGCCCUAGAGAAAAGUCCAGAUCCCCCGAAGAGAGAUCCAACUCUGGUUCGAGCGGCAAUAGGGUACGAACGCCGAUAGCUUCGAAGCCCGUUACGAACGGAAGAUGUUCCAGCAAUAUUAGUCUUUCUCCUAGAGCUUCCCCGGCUGAAAGGAAGAGUCCUGCAACUGAAAGCAAUGCAGAAGGAACAGCUACUCCCGAGAAAUCCAGCGAAAGGACAACUCCGCAUACGCCUUCGUCGUCGGCUUCAAAGACAGCCUUUACGCCGAAUAUACUGACGUCGUCUUCUGAUCCGGCUAUAAAGGAUUUGCCGUUAGGAACUUUCAAACCAGGAGUUCCUCCUACGACUUCCCCUUUUCUGGGAGCAUAUCCAUCGCCUUCUUUCCCUUUAUCUAUGGACUUAAUGGCCAGUACUUUAAUGAACCAGCAUGCUUUAAAAAGUAGUGGACUAGUUCCGUAUCUCGGUUAUGGCAGAAUGAAAACGCAAGACUCACUAUCUUCGGUGUGUAGAGAUCCGUACUGUACGGGAUGUAGUGUUAGUUCUCACUUAUUAGGUGCCUCGAGUGUUGUAAAGUCUUGUCCGGCCGGCUGCACACAGUGUGAUCACGUAAAACCACCCACGACUGUCGGAUACAUGAGCCAUAGUCCAGCAGCUACCGCAUACGCCCACGCGCAGCUAGCCGCUUUGGCCGCAGCUUCCCAUUUACCCUACGUGUGCAAUUGGAUAUCCGGAGAUGCAGCCUACUGCGGUAAAAGGUUUUCUAGCUCAGAAGAACUGUUAUCUCACUUAAGGACUCACACUAGUGGAGCGAUAUCGGAUACCGGUUCCGCUUUAUCGAUGUUAGGUUCGCCAGGACUACCUCCCACUCAUCCCUUGCUUCAUAGAACAUAUCCAACGCCUCCGCUCAGCCCUUUGGCGACGGCGAGAUACCACCCGUACAGCAAACCGUCCUUGUUGCCCCCCUCGCUUACUUCAUCCUCGCUGGCGGGGUUUCCCUUGGGACAUCCAGGAAUCUCUCCAUAUCUUUCCCCAUACUCGCUUUACGGGCCUAGGCUAGGUGCUGCCCCAGGUAUGCAUCAGUAGAUGUUCUCCAGAAGCCAAAUACUAAGAUGCUGUGUUAUAGACUUUUCCUAGUCUUAAAGAUUACCUUAAAUAUUCCUGGCAGUGGGAAGUGAAUGGUUUUUGUUUUAGUAAAGAUACUCUAUAUUUUUUGAAAGUUGGUAAGUACAUACCUAAGGUUUACAAAUUUGCGACUAAGGAGACAGUAUCACGAUAAGAUCUUAUGUAGAAUAUUCAUUAUUCACAUUACAUGAUUUGUGUCAGUAGCACUAACCUUUUGCAACUUGUAUGCACAAUUUUCUUGGUAUUAAACAAGUUUUAUUCUUCUUUGUUAGAUUUUAGGUCCGCUUUAUUGGAAUAAUCUCAAUUAGUAAUGCAUAUAAUUUCUCAAGAUCACAGGAAUUAUUUACCAUACCCAGAUUCUAAUAUCUGUUCUAUUAAGUACUUCUUACCAAACGUUUUGUAGAGAUCUACUUUUAUAUAAACAUUUUUAUGUCAACACUUUUUAUGUCUAGAUGUUUACUUUCAUUCUUCAGUAUAUAUAGUUUCUUUUGUUGGAAAAGUUGAAGAAGACAUCGCUAUACAUGUCCUCUGUGAAUGGGAAACGCUUAGUGACAUAGUUACGCUUUUCUACUAAGACAAUCCUUCACUUCCGUAUUGCUAAGACUAAAAAAAUUAAUGAAUCACUUUGUUAAACCCGGUGUAUUAUUGUGUGGACGUAACAGUGUGAUAUUAUUUUUAAUACUGUACAUUUUUGAAUGACAUCUUAACUUUCAAUGUACAUAGUUGUUAACAUUGCCUGCAGCGUUGCUGUGAGCUACUUCCAAAUGGAACACAUUUCCAAUUCGAAUAUUAAACCAGGAAAUACUAUUAAACUAUGUAUGUAUUAUACUUACUGCUAAGGCUUAAAACAAUAUAUAAAUUAACUAUUGAGAAAACCUUUAGAAAAUCACCAUAAAGAAAAUACUUAUAAAUCAAAAUAUGCAAAAGAAUUGAUUCUUCUUUCUAUUAUCAGUUGAUGUAUUAUUUUAUGGAAUUGUGUAAUCUUUCUGGAUACUCUUUCUAUUCUAGAAAGCUUCUAAUUACAAGAAAUUCUAAAGCAAUCUGUAUUGACUUUAUUGGUAAAAUAACUGAAUACUUGGUUUUCUGGAUAAGUUUAACUUUCUAGGAUCCUACUCAAUUCUUCCUGGUAUUCUCAGAAUAUAUUUCAUUUUAGUUAUAUUCAUUUUGGAAUAAUGUUUUGGACGAGUGUUUCUGAAUUUGCAAUGGUUGUAGCCAACUUUCAUUUGUAGAGUCGUCAUUAUAAGAAGACAAAGUACUGCGAAUUUGCCUACCCUAUCAAUAAAUACGACAUUUAUUAUCCUUCUAUCGGACUCAGAUAAUUUAACUUGUUGGUUUUCAGCAAUUAUUUACACUUUAUCUGACAGUAAACAUACUCCAUCUGAAUUAAUCAAUGCUGUGAAGAAUGAACAAGUAUUAAGAGUGUGAAUCAAUAGUAUUUGUAGAUAAAGGGUCCUCUUAAACUUUUGAAACUACAACCAGAAAGAUCUGUUGUUUAUAAGCAUAUAUAUCUGUGCGGCUUUCGGAUAAGCUUUAGCACCUGUCGCCUCAGCUGAUUAGAUUAUUCUUCAAAUAAUUUCAAACUGUGUUAGUACCUAAAUUUUCUGAAACAUAGACAUUACAGAAAUACUUUGGUUG